AUGGAGGACAGGACAUUAGGGGAUGGAGGACAGGAGGACAUUGGGGAUGGAGGACAGGAGGACAUAGGGGGAUGGAGGACAGGAGGACAUUGGGGGAUGGAGGACAGGAGGACAUUGGGGAUGGAGGACAGGACAUUGGGGGAUGGAGGACAGGAGGACAUUGGGGGAUGGAGGACAGGAGGACAUUGGGGGAUGGAGGACAGGAGGACAUUGGUGGAUGGAGGACAGGAGGACAUUGGGGGAUGGAGGACAGGAGGACAUUGGGGAUGGAGGACAGGUGGACAUUGGGGGAUGGAGGACAGGAGGACAUUGGUGGAUGGAGGACAGGAGGACAUUAGGGGAUGGAGGACAUUAGGGGAUGGAGGACAGGAGGACAUUGGGGGAUGGAGGACAGGACAUUGGGGGAUGGAGGACAGGAGGACAUUGGGGGAUGGAGGACAGGAGGACAUUAGGGGAUGGAGGACAGGAGGACAUUGGGGGAUGGAGGACAGGAGGACAUUGGGGGAUGGAGGACAUUAG